AUGACCAACAUGUCCACUAACGGCGUCUCUUCCACCAACGCCGAUGGCGGUCCUAAGCGGACCAAGAUCUGCGUCUACUGCGGCGCGUCCGCUGGGAACAACCCCAUUUACCUCGAAGCCGCGCGCCAGCUCGCCCGCGUCAUGGCCGCCAACAACAUUGGCCUAGUCUACGGAGGUGGCACAGUCGGUCUCAUGGGCGAGAUCGCCAAGACCCUGGUCUCUCUAUCGGGCCCUGACUCAGUCCACGGCAUCAUCCCCGAGGCUUUGGUCCGGUACGAGCGCGACCCCAACUAUACGUCGACUCACACCAACGGCAGCACCCAAAAAGACGGCGCUGCUGAGGAGAAGGAGGAGGAAAAGGCCAAGCAGCUUGCCGUCCCCGACGAGAACGUCUUUGGCCGCACGACCAUCGUCAAGGACAUGCACACGCGCAAGUUGAUGAUGGCGCAAGAGGUUUUGGCGGGCGGUCCCGGAUCGGGCUUCAUCGCCAUGAGCGGCGGCUACGGCACCAUGGAGGAACUUUUCGAGACGGUUACGUGGAACCAGCUGGGCAUUCACGACAAGGGUAUUGUGCUCCUGAACAUCAACGGGUUCUACGAUGGUAUCUUGCAGUGGAUCCAGAACAGCAUCGAGGAAGGUUUCGUGAACCAGGCGAACGGCAAGAUCAUGGUGGAGGCGAAGAACCCCGACGAUGCUAUCAAGGCACUCAGGGAAUAUAAGGUAUCCGAGGCGGUUCUGAAGCUGAAGUGGAGUGACGAGUAG